AACUGGGAAAUCCGAAGGCCCAGAGACCCAGGCCAGACUGCUAUAUCCCCAGACAACUCAAAUGUCUCCCUUGCCAUGUAGGCAGCGCCGGAAUGUUUAUCCGCCUCCAGUAUCGUAGCAGCUUAGGAGUAACUCUCCAGGUACAACCACAUUAUGGACAACGGUCCUUUUAAUUAAUUUAUCAUCAUGGCUAAUGAGGGCUGUCCCAAGGCUGACUGUAGUCCUUUUUCAUCAGAUAAAUAUGCCCAACUCAUCUUGGCCCAGAUCAAUAAAAUGAGGAAUGGACAGCAUUUCUGUGAUGUGCAGCUGCAAGUUGGGAAGGAAACUUUUAAAGUUCAUCGGCUGGUUUUGGCUGCCAGUAGUCCUUACUUUGCAGCUUUAUUCACUGGAGGAAUGAAAGAGUCCUCAAAAGAUGUUGUGCAGAUUCUUGGAAUUGAAGCUGGAAUAUUUCAAAUACUUAUAGAUUUCAUUUAUACAGGUAUAGUGAACAUAGGUGUGAAUAAUGUUCAGGAGUUGAUUGUUGCAGCAGACAUGCUACAGUUGACUGAAGUUGUUAAUCUUUGCUGUGAAUUUCUAAAACGACAAAUUGAUCCACUGAACUGCAUAGGGAUCUUUCAGUUCUCUGAGCAGAUUGCCUGCCAUGAUCUUUUGGAAUUCACAGAAAACUACAUUCAUGUCCAUUUCUUGGAGGUUCAGAGUGGGGAAGAGUUCCUGGCACUUACAAAAGAUCAGCUGAUCAAAAUUUUGCGAAGUGAAGAGCUCAGCAUUGAGGAUGAAUACCAGGUGUUCUUAGCUGCAAUGCAGUGGAUUCUCAAAGAUCUGGGAAAGAGAAGAAAACAUGUGGUGGAAGUGCUAGACCCAGUUCGAUUCCCUUUAUUACCUCCUCAAAGGCUUUUAAAGUAUAUAGAAGGAGUUUCCGAUUUUAAUCUUCGUGUUGCAUUGCAAACACUUUUGAAAGAGUACUGUGAGGUAUGCAAAUCUCCCAAAGAGAACAAGUUUUGUAGUUUUCUGCAGACAUCUAAGGUUCGACCUCGGAAGAAAGCAAGAAAGUACCUGUAUGCAGUAGGUGAAAAGGAUUCAAUGAUUUUUGACUGUACUGAAUGCUACGAUCCAGUUACUAAACAGUGGACAACUGUAGCUUCAAUGAAUCACCCCCGCUGUGGCUUGGGGGUGUGUGUGUGUUAUGGGGCUAUCUAUGCUUUGGGUGGAUGGGUUGGAGCUGAGAUAGGGAACACCAUUGAACGAUUUGAUCCUGAUGAAAAUAAAUGGGAAGUAGUUGGCAACAUGGCUAUGUCACGCUACUACUUUGGGUGUUGUGAAAUGCAAGGUUUAAUUUAUGUAGUUGGAGGCAUCAGCAAUGAAGGAAUAGAGCUUCGUUCUUUUGAAGUUUAUGAUCCACUUUCCAAGCGUUGGUCUCCACUUCCUCCAAUGGGAACCAGGAGAGCAUAUCUUGGGGUGGCUGCACUCAAUGACUGCAUCUAUUCUAUUGGGGGAUGGAAUGAGACACAGGAUGCUCUUCAUACUGUAGAAAAAUAUUCCUUUGAAGAGGAAAAGUGGGUUGAAGUUGCCUCCAUGAAAGUGCCUAGAGCAGGCAUGUGUGUGGUGGCAGUCAAUGGGCUUCUGUAUGUUUCCGGAGGGCGAUCUUCCACCCAUGAUUUCUUGGCCCCUGGUACCUUGGACUCAGUUGAAGUUUAUAACCCUCAUUCAGAUACAUGGACAGAAAUUUGUAACAUGAUCACUAGUCGUUGUGAAGGAGGUGUUGCUGUACUAUGAAAUAUAAACCAUAAGAGAGCACAAGAAACAUUUUUAAAAUACAGGAUCUAACCUUUUGCAAAUCACAUGUGUAUUUAGUGGUAGGACCCUCUGAUCCUAUUGAGUUUUCCAUGUUUUUGAUAGAUAAUGAUUUUUCUAAGAAUUUGAGUGAGAAGGGAUAUGGAAUAUACAUAUCCUAAAUUAAUAAAGAGCUCACAAAAAUAUUGCCAAGCUUACCAAUAGAAAUGCUACUUAUGCUCUAGAAUUGUCCAGUUAGAGGAGUCCUAUUUGUAAAAAUGGUAUGCUAGAAGCUUCUUGGCAAAUAAGGGUUUCUACAGUGCAAUUCAAGCUGUAACAUGACCCUUAUGUGAUGUAAGAAUAUCAGUAAAGACAGUUUAGAGAUGUCUGUAUAUUCAUGAUUCAACCCAGAGCACAAUUUUCCAUGGCCAUAGUUUAACCUACAGAGAAAAGCCAGUGAAACAACUUUCUACUUUUAUUUGAUCCUAAGAGUUUUCACUAGCCCCAGACUUUUUAUACAGCAGAUAUACUGGGAAGGACAGGUAUGAAAUAGCUAGCUAUUUAUAUACAGAGGUAAGUUUUCACCUAUUCAUAACAGCAUAAAAAAAGCUUUUGCUCACUUAUUUUUUGUCUUGAUGCUGAGACUGCAAGAGAGUAAUUAAUAGGAAGUUCUUACUGAUAGUCCAUUAUUGCAAUAGGAUGAUGUAAUGAAUGAUAGAGCCCAGAUGGUGGUAUGCACUUAGUAAAAUUCUUCCCUAUUUUCUAAAUAGUCACCAAAAGUAUCUGUUUGGCUUUGGGAAGAGGGACUUUUAUUAGAUUAUAAAGCUUCGUGAAGUUUACUUGUACUUGGGCAAGAAGCCUAAGUAUGAGCUUAUUGCAAAGUUACUGCCUGGCUUGGAGAAGGUGGAAUUGUAGAUACCUGUGAAACUUCUUAGCCAAUGAUUUAUAAGAUGAAAGGCUUCUGAUCCAAAACUGCUCCUCAAAGUUUCUCCUUUUCCCCAAGAAGCAUUCUAAGGAAUUGUUCUCUGUCUGAGAGGAAGAUUCUUCAGGUACAUCAUCACUUUUAAGUUAUUUCUACUAGUCAUUUGGAGCCAUUUAAUAUUAAAGGUCUUGCAUACAUUUAGAUUUACCUAGCUGAUUCCAGGAUUUUGUUUGUAUAUUCCCGAUUUCCCCUUUUCUUUACUGAAGUCCUCCUGUAUGUUGUUAUAGGCAUCAGUAGCUUAUUUAGAUAGAAAUACUUUGGUGAGCGUUAAAGACUUGGGUAGCAUUCAUAUCUAGAAUAUUUGGAUUGACCCACAAGGACUCUUGCUUUUAUAACUUAGCCAUACGAUUGUAUUAAGAACAGCUUAUGUAGUGCAGACAGAAAGCUCUGAAAAUCUGAAGGGUCACAGAUACCUGGUUGGGAUCUAUAAAAUAUCAAGGAAUGAAGUGUUGAGAUAAUUUGUUAACUAUUUAAGCUCAUGUGCCUUCAAUAUUUCUGGUUACAGAGAAUCUGCAUUCUGGUUCAAAAGAGAUUUACAAAAUGCUCCUAUAAUUUAUUUCUCAUCGCCUGGUAACCUAAAAUGGGACUGUGAAGGGAGGCAUUUUGUGCUGCUGUAGUAGCAAUGUAAAGACAAUGAGUGUUUGGGUUUAAGAAGUCCAGACGAUCCCUGAAAAUAGGUCAUUGUAAAAAUGCUCAUUAUUUCCUAGGUAAUGACAGAUUGUUGUUUCUUUAAAAAUGUACGAAUAAACUAUUUUGAUUUUUGCGUUUU